GCCCGUUGGAGGCGGCGCGCUUUAGGGAGUGGUACUCGGUUCUGAGAUCUGCUUGUCAGUCCAGUGCCGGUCUGGCCAACCCCCGCAGCAAGGAUGCUCCUGGGGGUCCGGAGAGGUGGCAAGAGGCAGUUUAAACACAUCAUCCGUGGCCUUCUCCCUGCAGCCAGCAUCGCACCGAAGCCAGCUGUGCCCCGCACACCUCCUCCACGUGGCCCCAGCCCCUCUCCAGAGAGACCAAGAUCUGCUCUGGCUGCAGCCAUUCUAGCAACAACAUUGACUGGCCGGACUUUUGCCAUUCCUCAGCCUCGCCGGAGAUCCCACUCUGAGAGUGACACGACCUACCUUGAAAAGGACAGUUUCAUCGAGCCCUAUGCCACCACCUCGGAGCUGAGGCAUCAACCACAUAGGCAGAAUGAGACGGGAAGAAGAUCCUCUUUGCCAUCCUUUGAAAUGCUGGGCUACGAGGAGGAAGAGGACUCUGACACGUACCUGUCAGGCAGCCACAGGGAGUCGGGGGACACAAGUGCUCGCAAAGAAGAGGGAAGCGUCAGCGACGCCGUGUAUGCCGUGCCACACAGAAACCAGGUUCCAUCGUCACAUGGGGUGGACAGUGGAGAUGAGGAAAAUAUUUCUGAACAAGAUGGGUUUCCAGGCUCACCUGUUCCACCAGAGCAUACACAAGAAAAAGAUGGUAAACAUUCUAUUCUGAAUUUAAAGGAUGAAAAACCAUCAUUUUGUGGAAAACCUCCACCCUCUCCAGAUGUAAAUGGUAGAACACAUCGAAGACAUAUAGAAAUAACCAAAGAAAAGUUCGAGGAAUUAAAAGAAGACAAUUUGCAUCUAAACAAUGCAAAUCAAACCCUUACUCUUGAACUUAACAUAAUAAAAAAAACAAUGAAAGAACUACAGUUAAAACUUAAAAGGAUGGAAAAAGAAAAUGGAAGGCUGAAAGAAGUUGAGAAAGCAUCCUCUCAGGAAGUAGUCGCUGCACCUGAAUUACAUUAUCUAAGAAAACAAGCUCAAGAACUGGUGGAUGAAAAUGAUGGAUUGAAAAUGACUGUUCAUUGUUUGAAUGUAGAACUGAGUAGAUAUCAAACAAAAUUCAGGCAUUUAUCCAAGGAAGAGAGUUUAAAUAUUGAAGGCCUCCCAUCAAAGGGCCCUGUACCACCCUGGCUGGUGGAUACAAAGUACCUGUCCCCCUUGUUGCUGGCCUAUGAAGACAGAAUGAAAGAGAAGGACGAGCUCAAUGCCAGCCUUCAGGAGGAAAUGAGAACGUUUAAGAUGAGAGUCCAAGAAGUGGUGAAAGAAAAUGAAGAACUGCACCAAGAGCUGAAUAAGAAUAGUCUUGUCACCAGUGAGGAAUGGCGUCAGCUUCAGACUCAAGCAGAACUGGUUUUAGAGGAAAACAAGUUGUUGAUAGAGCAGUUGGAGAUUCAGCAAACAAAAGCCAAGGACACGCACCAGGAGCGUCUCCAGGAAGUUUCUAAACUGACUAAACAGCUAAUGCUUCUGGAGGCUAAAACACAGAGCCAAGAAAAGGAGCUAACUAAAAGUAAGGAGCAAUUGGAAAUUUUGCGGACGGAAUGCCAGGAGCUAAAACUACAGUUGGACAGCAAAGUUGCAAUAGAAGUGCACACUUCAAUUGUAAAUGAAUUAAAAAGCCAGUUGCAGAAGGAAGAAGAGAAAGAAAACGCUGAGAUGGAAGAGUUGAUGGAAAAGUUGGCAGCCCUGCAAGUGCAGAAAAAGAGCCUGCUAUUAGAGAAGAAAAAUCUGAUGGCUAAAAACAAGGCGCUGGAAGCUGAACUCGAAAAGGCACAGAAAAUAAAUAGGAGAUCUCAAAAGAAAAUUGAUGUCUUCAAAAAGCAGGUGGAAAAAGCCAUGGAGAACGAAAUGUCUGCUCACCAGUACCUGGCAAAUCUUGUUGUCCUGGCAGAGAAUAUAACCCAAGAACGUGACAAUCUUAUGUAUUUGGCUAAAUGUUUAGAAAGUGAGAAGCAUGGAGUUCUCAACAAAAUCAUUGAAGGCAAUAUUCGCUUGGGAAGGUUGGAGGAAAAAGUCAAGGGGUACAGGAAGCAGGCGGCCCUGAAGAUGGGUGACAUCAGUCACCGUCUGACAGAGCAGCAGGAAGACUUUGCUAGCAAGACAGCUCAGUACCAGCAGGAGAUGAGACACCUCCAUCGGAUGCUGCAGGACAAGCAGGAUGUCCUGGACCAGGCGCUGCAGCAGAAAAGAGAAAUGGAAGGUGAGCUUGACGUUGUUUGGGAGUCCACCUCCAAGGAAAACCGAAGGAUCCGAGAACUUCUCCAGGCCACACUGGAGAGGACAGGCCCGUGGGACAACACCGGAGCUUUCGCGGACCACUGCCUGGACGGCAUCUCUCAGGGAGACAUGCAGGACGGCUGCCGCUUCAGCUUCUGUGACCUGAAGCCGCCUCCCACCUCCCACCAGGGUCUGCGGGAGCCCCUGGGCUAGGGCCCCUCUGUGGAGAGGUCUGCCCUACGCAGGACAGGGAGCGCGGAGGAGAGGGCAGACUCCCGCCCACCACUGCAGCGUUUCUUCUCCUCAGGGCAAGGAAGAAAUACUGUCUCAGAAAUUUAACCUGCUUUUUUACAUUUUGCUUUAUUUUAAAAAUGUGCUGCUGAACUAUAUUUAGCCAGUGCACGUCCUCUGACCCCAUUGCCACCGAGCCGGGCUCUGUGAGAUCCAUUGCUCAGGCUAACAGGUGACCUGGCAAGCUGGCCUGUCUCCGGGCUCCUAGAUCUGCGCUGGGAAAGCCCCAGAGGGAGGGGCGGGCAGGCCCGAGCUCUCAACCUGUGUGUUUGAUGAGUUAGUUUCAUUGGCUGAGCCGUCGAUGGAAGCCCCAGCGAUGAGACCUGUGCAUUCACUCUGGGUGAUAUUUUAUUGUUUGGCAAAAAACAGGUACUGAUCUUCGUGCCCCAGUAGGUUGUACAAUAUCUGUCCUGCCCUCUCCCCGAGCCCUUCCCUGUCCUCCUGGAAAGGUAAUUUUUCUGGGGCCACGUAACCUCGCUCCCCUUCUGAGAGCCUUGACUUUGAGCACCAAGGUGGGAUCCCUGCCCCACUGCCACCACCGAGAAGGACGCCGGGGCCGUAGUCCAGCUCCACCCUGUGCCAUCUCCUCAGGUAGAUCACCCCUGCCUCCAGGACCGUUCCUGGGACUCCUGGCGGUAAUGCCGGCUGUCUAGGGCUGCUUGUCCCCGGCAUGCUGGAAGAAGGCUACAAAGGAUCCUAAACAGUGUAUGGAGGGUAGAACCCUGUCAUAUCCUUUUACCAAACCCCUCAUAGCUAAGGCCUAUGUGGUUUCAGGUGUGCAGAUAGACCCAGCGUUGGUCCCUGGUCAUACAUAAAAGUUACACACAUGUGUUCUUUGAUUGCUAAGUGGGAAGUUGACAUAGAACAUCAUUGUUCUUUUACAUUUUAAAAGAGGUUGGGUGGGCUAGAUGUUGGGUGGGCGGUAAGGCCUGACUGCUGGUGGGGGGGCUCCUGUCAUCCUGCCGGUUUCCAGUCUGAGCAGCAACUGGUCCCAUUCUCUCUUGGUCCUCGUGAGUCUUCAUGUGGCUCUAGAAAGGUCCUGAUCAGGUUGAAAGGAACCCAAGGCAGUUAGAAAACAUGACCCCGGGACCCAAGUGAGCCCUGCUGCCUUUGGCACUAUUGAAAAGCAGCCCUGGGGAAGUCAGGACUGAGUGGAGAGGGUCCAGGCGCAAGUGUGGGUGUGCGUUUGGUGUGACAGCAGCUGGGGGGCUGUCCUGUCUUGCCGUUGUCCCAUGCAGAGGAGUGGAGGGAUCAGAAGUGACGCCUUUGCCCCUCAACCUCUGAGAAGAUGGGAGAGACCCCACCCUCUUCCAACAGCUUACAUCUCUGUAGACCAGCGGGUCUUCUAACUCUUAGGAGAGGGGGGAAUUCUGGAUUUUAUUAAUUUUGAUAUAAAUAUAUUUAUUCAGCCAAUAUGUUGUGGAUGCUUACCUAUGUGCACCGUUUGUUGAGAACAGCAGUAGUGACGAAGGCAGACAUCAUUAUAGAGCGUGCGAGGUGCUCAGAAGAAAAGCCCAGAGACACGAGCUCCCAGAGCAAGCAGGGUCUCAGUGCAUCACGGGAAAACUGACGUGUGUGUUGGAGCAUGUGGGUAGGUGAACCUGCCUUCUCAACUAUAAAUUUUAUGAAAUCUAGAUAUAGGUCAAGUAUUUCUGAUGAAAAUACAGCAUCCGGAUUGAGAUGUGCUAUAACACAUCUGGCGUAUAAAAUAUACACCAGAUUUUAAGCCUUACUAUGAAAAAAAUAAUUAAAAUAUCUAAUAAUUUUUAUAUUGGCUUUAUGUUGAGAUAACAUUUGCAUAUA